AUGGCACACAAGGAAGAAAGGAAAACUAUCAUGCAUUUAGGACGCAUUCAACAGGGGAAAGAUGAAUCAUUAAGAAGUUAUGUGAAACGUUUCAACCUAGAGGCCGGGCAGAUCCCAGACCUACCCGACGACGUCUCUUUUGAUAACUUUAUCAGGGGACUGAAGAAAGGGUCCUUCAAGUUUGACUUAGUCAAGAAGAGUGUGCGGACUAUGGCCGAAGUUCUAGAUGAGGCUGAAGCAUUCAUUUACGCAACGGAAAUAUGCAGCGCGUCCAAGGAUGGAAAGACAGGUGAAGCAACAGACUCCUCAGGAAAGAAGGAUAAGAUAGACCGAAAGGCUCCACGGUCACCUACUGAGAGUCGAGACCCUAAGCUGUAUUGCCAGUUCCACGAGGAUAUAGGGCAUGACACCAAGAACUGUAGAAGCGUAAAGAGAGCCCUAGACGGCCUUGCCUCCAAAGGACACCUCAAAAAUUACUUACAGAUAAAUGCCCACGGCUCGAUAAAAAGCCAAUACAAGAAGAACAAGUCACCUGUCUCACCUAUAGAGGGAAACCACAUCGAAGGAGGAUUUGUAGUCGUCAUUUCUGGGGGGCCAGCUGCUGGAGGACCCACUAUGAGGGGACAGAAAGACUACGCCCGCCGCCUAGGACAAGUGAUGCUGUCGGGAAAGUCACCUGUAGACCUGUUCCCUCGGAAUGAGAUAUGUGAGUCGGAUGGCGGACGAGUAGCCACCCCACAUGAUGAUCCUCUGGUGAUCGAAAUUAAAAUCUCUAAUAUGAGAGUCAAGCGCAUCCUGAUAGAUACAGGGAGUUUGUCCGACAUAAUGAGCAUGGAGUACCUCAGCCGUCUAGCUCACGAUCCAAAGACCAUUGAAAGCAUACACUACCGAAUCAUCGGUUUUGGAGGAAGCAUAAUACAUCCCGUGGGCGUCAUCAACUUGCCGGUUCGGAUUGGGGAUUGA